AAAUAAAAAGAAAAAAAAUUAUUAAAAAAUAUCUAAAAAAAAAAUUCAAAUAAAAUGUCUAAUUCACCCAUUAAAUUUGAUAAUCGUGUAGUCAUAGUAACAGGUGCCGGAAACGGAUUAGGAAGAGAAUACGCUUUAUGGUUCGCUUAAAAAGGUGCCAAAGUAAUCGUAAAUGACCUCGGAGUAAGCCAUUCAGGUGAUGGUGUUUCCCAAAACGCAGCAUAAAAAGUAGUCGAUGAAAUAAAGGCUUUAGGAGGACAAGCUGUAGCCAAUUUCGAUUCUGUGGAAUUUGGAGAUAAGAUUGUUAAAACUGCUAUGGAUGCUUUUGGACGUGUGGAUAUUCUUAUUAAUAAUGCAGGCAUUUUAAGAGAUGUUUCCUUUCAAAAAAUGACUGAUAAUGAUUGGAAUUUAAUCAUGAAAGUACAUUUGACUGGUACUUAUUCAGUCACAAAAGCUGCUUGGAAUAUUAUGAGAGAAUAAGGGUUCGGAAGAAUUAUUAAUACUUCCUCAGGAUCUGGUAUUUAUGGAUCUUUUGGUUAAGCUAAUUACUCAGCUGCUAAAUUGGGUAUUCAUGGUCUUACUUAAACUCUUGCUAGAGAAGGAGAAAAGAAAAAUAUUAGAGCUAAUACAAUCGCGCCUAUUGCAGCUAGUAGAAUGACUGAAACUGUUUUACCAUAAGAAACUUUGGCUAAUUUAAACCCUAAAUAUAUAGUUCCUUUGGUAGGAUAUUUGGCUCAUGAAUCUUGUGAAGAGAAUGGAUCUCUUUUCGAAAUUGCAGCUGGAUUUAUUGGUUAACUGAGAUGGCAAAGAAGUGCUGGUCAUUUAUUUGAUUUACCUUAUACAGCCGAAGAAGUUAGAGAUAAUUGGAGUAAAAUAACUGAUUUUUAAAAAAAUCCUGAAUAUCCAACAAGUGUUUCAGAUACUUUUGCUAAGGUAAAUGAAAAUUUAGAAAGAAUUUAAUUAAAAAAAGAAAAAUAAGAAUAAUAAUAAGGUAAAUAAAGUAAAAUAAAUGAACUUAAAAGUGAGCAAAUUUUCAGUAUGAUGAAAGUUUACCUUGAAAGAGGAGAAGGAAAAGAUCUUGUAAAAAAAGUAGCAGCUACUUUCGGAUUCAAUAUUUAAGAAAAAAAAGGGGGUACAAUCAAAAAAAGUUAUACAAUAGAUUUGAAAAAUGGAUAAGGUUGUGUUGAUUUCUAAGAAAAUAAAAAUGCAGACGCUACUUUUACUAUGAUUGAUGAAGAUUUCUAUUAAGUUUGUAUGGGAAAAUUAAAUCCAAAUAAUGCGUUUAUGACAGGAAAAAUGAAAAUUAAAGGAAACAUGGGUAAAGCUACUAAGUUUACUCCUGAUUUAUUCCCUCCUCCAACCCCUGAAAAUAUUGCUAAAUAUUAAAGUUCUAAGCUUUGAUUUUUAUAUAAAUGAAUUUUAAUAAAUAUUUACAAAACACAAUAUAAUAUCUAUUAAGAUAUAUAUUUUUAUUUUAUUUUUAAAAUUAAGCUUUAUAUUAAAAC